AUGGGAAAUCAACCGAGUGCUCCUAAAAUAACAGCUCAAGAUAGAGCAAUCUUCCAACUCAAACAACAGCGAGAUAAGAUAAAACUACAUCAACGGAAACUAAGUCUUCUUUGUAACAAACAAACGGAGUUGGCACGAAAGGCCAUUUUGAAGAAACAGCCCGAACGAGCAAAGUUUUACUUGCGGCUUAAGAGGCAACAAGAAUCGACUAUAACCAAGACAUUUGACCAACUUGAUACUUUGGAAAAACUAAUCGGCUCUAUAGAAUACAAGUUGAUUGAAAAAGAUGUAUUAUACGGGUUGCAACAGGGCAAUGCAGUUUUAAAACAGUUGAAUGGUGAAAUGAAUGUUGAAAAGAUAGAUAAAAUACUUGAUGAUCUAGAAGAAGAGAAGUUGAAAGAAGAGGAAAUAAGUCAAACGUUGGGACUCGACUCAGGAUUGAGUCGUGUUGAUGAAGAAGCAAUCGAUGAGGAGUUUGAAAAAUUAAAUAUGGAAGAAAAUAAAGUAGAGACAAAAAGGAAUAUACUGAAGGUAACAAAAUUACCUUCUGUUCCAAAAGAGCAAAUUCAAAUCUUACCAGAUGUACCUACCAAUGCUAUAAAAGACAAAAGCUCAGAAAAAGAACGACAACAAUCGGUUGAAUAUGAACCUGAGCCAAUAGCAAUAUAG